ACUCAAUAGACCAGGCCAGACGCCAGAGUAGGCACUAAACCGCUAGGGGCGGGUAAGAAAAAUCGCCCUACAACUUUAGUUGAUACAAUUGUACCAGCUGCAAUCAAUUGUAGAUUUUCCACCGAACGCAGAUUCUUCUUCUUCUUCAGCUUCUUCAAUCCCUCACUUUUGCCGUCGGAUUGUUUUCCACAUUGCACCGCUGAAAAGGUGAGAGAUCUCAACGUUCAAACCAUCUUUCUAACUUCGGAUUCGGCGCUCCCAUUCAUUGCUAUAACAUUUUGGGUAAUUCUGAAAUUCUUCUAGUUUUGGUCUUCUGUGCAGUAUUUACGUUCAUUUGUCUAAAAUCGCCACCAUUUGAUCGCUUUCCGACGGCGAUUGGGGUAGUUGUUCACUUUAAAGUUAAAUUUAUCCUUUAGUUAAUUUUUCCCCUUUUAAUUGGACCAGCCGUCUUCUUUGCAUGGUAGUAUGAUUGCUUCUGAUAGAUAUCGUUUGAGGUACCUUUACUUUAGCAGGAAUUAUAUCAGUGAGCUCUGUACUAAAAGCCCAUCUCAGGAUUGCUCUGGUUUUUUCAAUACAUCGACUAGUUGUACGCUUUCCCUAUCGAUCCCUAGGAGGACCAAUUAUUAUCAUUUUUCUUGUCAUUUCAAUUUUAGUACUAUCGUGGCGAGGUCUGUAAACCUUUUAACUCGGACCCAAAUCAACACAAGUGCCAAAAUCCAUUCAAAUGCGUUCAGAUGUGCAUGCCGUUCCUUCUAUUCUUCUCAUUCAAAUAAUGGCCUGGCGAGAUCAGUUACAAGUAGGAGACGUAAAAAAUCAGAAUGUAAUAGUAGACCUCCUCUGGACCAGGCCCAAUUUCAGAAGGCAGUGUCCCAACUCCCACCUAGAUUCAGUACUGAAGAGCUCUGCAGCCUCUUGAAUCUCCUGGAAGAUCCUAUGGUAUGUCUAGAGCUAUUUAAUUGGGCAUCACAACAGCCUAGGUUCAGGCAUGACGUCUCCACAUAUCACAUCACUAUUAAAAAGCUCGGUGCUGCAAAAUUGUACCAAGAAAUGGACGACGUUGUAAAUCAAGUUCUCGCAGUUCGUCAUAUUGGUUCUGAGGCUCUUUACAAUACUAUAAUCUAUUACUUCACUGAAGCUCGGAAGUUUACUAGAGCAGUGAAUAUAUUUAAACACAUGAGAAGCUGCAACAAUUUGGGUUGCAGGCCUUCAAUUAGAACCUACAAUCUUCUAUUUGCAGCUCUUCUUGGUAGAGGGUGCAAUUCAUAUGUAAAUUAUAUGUAUAUGGAGACAAUUAGAUCCCUCUUUAAGCAAAUGGUCAAUGACGGGAUCGAACCUGACAUUUUCUCAUUGAAUUCUAUGAUAAAAGGGUAUGUCCACUCCCUCCAUGUAAACGAUGCCCUUAGAAUUUUUCAUCAAAUGGGUGUGGUCUAUAGUACUCUCCCGAACUCUCAUUCCUACAAUUAUUUAAUCCAUGGGUUAUGUGCCCAAGGCCGAACAAACAAUGCUACAGAAUUGUGUAAUGAAAUGAAGACAAAGGGGUUUGUCCCAAGCAGUAAAACUUACAAUUCGCUUGUGAAUGCCUUGGCUCUUGGUGGAGAAAUUAAUGAGGCUGUGGAUGUUCUGUGGGAGAUGAUUGCAAAGAGGAGAUCAGCUGAUUUGAUUACAUAUCGGACAGUCCUUGAUGAGCUCUGCCGGCGUGGAAGGGUUGAGGUGGCGAUGGGGUUGUUAAAAGAGUUUCAAGAAAAAGAUGUUGUAGAUGGGCUUACUUACAGGAAGCUUCUACAAUGGCUUGAAGAUGACUCUGGAAAUUUUAAUGCCUAAAAGGAGUCAGUUCUAAAUUGACUGAUGAGCUGUAGGGAAAAUGUUAUAUGAAGGCAAGAUGGCAUUAUUUAGAAGGAUGAAAACAGAGUACUGCCUACGAAUUGAGUUUUGGGGAACCAACAAUACUGGCAGUAUCUUCUUCCACCAAGCAUAGAGAUUGGAAACAGAGAAGCAUAAUAGAAAUAUUGCCAGUUUCUUCAUGUGUUCAUAACCUUUUUUUUUUUUGGUACUAUCAUUUAUUUCUGCAAAUCUCAACCCAAAUGUAUGAUCGAAUUAACCAAGACAGAAAGCUUCCCCCUUAAUAUAGCAUGCUACGCAAUGCAAAUUGAAGAGGUGAAAUAUUACACAAAUCCCAGUUAAAUCUUAUUCAAGAUAUCACCCUUCUCCCCCAUGGCACUAAAAUGUUGUAAAUAUAUUCUGAUUUUGCAGAGGGCAAAAACAAAUAAGUCUCUGCUUGAACUAUUGGUUCUGCAUUCUGAUAUAGUAAUUUAACUUAUUCUAGUAAAAGGGGACUUGAAUGCAUCUGUUUCAAUUUUAAUCCAGAUUUCGGUAAGCACAAGAUCUGGGGCUGGGAUUUGAAGUUUAAGGAUCACAAUUGCGAAGAUAGCUCUGUUUGCCAAACUCUGAAAGGCUUUAUUAUAAACGCAUGUCGAUGCGAGGCAUGGAUUUGAGGCAGCGAUUGAAUUCUCAAGCAAAGAGGGAGAAAAUGGACUGAAGCUGUGCACCACCACAAAGUUGCAGGUGGGGAAUUAGGAAAAAAAGAGAAGGAACUGACCCAAUGAACAAGCUGUUUGCUCCUGUUUUUUGUGCUUUUAUUUUACCUUGUUUUUUAUCUUCCAUGUCUUCAUUUGCUCUGAUUGUAUACCUGCAUUGAGAGUGUUUGUAUGUUAAUAUAUUUUGUUUUAACAAGUGGCUGUUUUGAUUGUACAUACAUGGGUAAAUUAUUCUUCCCCCAUCCGUAAUCAGUUUAUUUUUAACUAGUUGAAA